AUGAACCCCUCGCAGCGGGCCUCUUCGAGCACACUGCUGCCCGCCGCCUCCCGGGAUUCCGACUCCAGCUCUAUUCGGCCACGAAACCGGCACCAAGCCAGUUACAAAGACGACCCCGACAACUCUUCCAGUCGGUCUACCAGCCGUGGUGCGACUCCGAUUCCCGCCGCACAUAUUGGCUCAGUAACAGGCAGAAAUGAUGCAAGAACAGAAGUUGCGCGGAAUCGUCCCAGCACAAAAGGAAGUUCAGGACAAGGCGCGGGUUUGUUAGGAGGCACUUGGGCGCCAAGCUGGGCCUCGGUCCAGAACCUUGCCACCACAUUGAUUGCAGGCGGGGAGUCUUUUAUCAACGGAGAGUCGCACCGACCACAAACAAACGGGAACAGGGCAAAGGGGGGGCAAGGCGGCGGUCGAGGUGAUGCCACAAACACAUGGGGCCCCGCGCCGCCGGGUGAGACCAGACCCCGCUCCGACGAGAUUGGCACUGGAACAUUGGCCAAGAGGGAUGCCAGACUGAAAGCGAUGAGGACUGCUAGUAUUCUUGAAAGCCACGAAGGUGUGAAUGGGGGUUUGGAUUUUGGUAGAAAGUUCAAGAAGAAGGGGUCGGAUGAGGAUUUGCGCAGGACGGUAUUGAAUGACGAAACGGAGGAACACUUGGUUUACAUUCACCACGUCCAACCAACAGACACGUAUGCCGGGGUGGUACUGAAAUACAAAUGUCGAGAGGAUGCUUUUCGAAAGGCCAACGGGCUCUGGUCAAGAGAUGGAAUCCAGGUCAGGAAAUAUUUGAUGAUGCCGGUGGAUGCGUGUGAGGUCAGGGGCAAGACUUGUGAAGCACCAGUCGACCCAGCAGCGAAGGUUGACCUGUUGGCACGAACACCAGACACAACAGAUCCAUGGGGGCAGCCAACCAAUGGAGGCGACUUUUUCUCGAAUCCAGGAAAUAGUAACCAGCUGGAGCAACAAUCACAGUCAGGCGACGACGACCGGCCAUGGACCCAUGUACGGUGGGUAUCAAUCGAUUCCCAUCCUCACCCAGUCGAAGUUGCCAGAGUUUCUCGGAGGUCGCUUGGGUACUUUCCUCCUCGCAGGAAAAAAAGCACUCACACCAUGUCAUCUUUGUCAACGCCUCGAGCUUCAGUUGAUGCCCCCAACACCAGUGUUUCCGAGCCAAAUAUUGGAAGCCCAAAAAGUCCCUCUUCUCGGCGCCCUUCGCUGUUGUCCACCCGUUCUCCGAUUGCAUCCUCUCAUGGAAACCUACCCACCCAAUCAAACCCGACAGCUACCACCAGCGAUAAUGAUCCCCGACCGGCAUGGAUGCGCCGUCCAGGAGGUGUAGGCUCGCUCGGCAGAAAUGUGCGAGCCCCUGGGCCACAAAAAGACCCUCUCAACGAUUGGGCUAAGAAGAAUGUUCCUGGAUUCAACUUUGACUCUUUGCCUUCCAUGUCGGCCAUGGGCAUGGAAAGGGCUCGGUUUGGCUUCACCAACGAUGCUAAUGCGCCGGUUACCAUUGCGGAGAGCCCGUUUGGAGAGGGCCAGGACACCUCUGCCAUGAGCAGACAAGGGACAGGUCUCGAUAAGGCGGCUCUUGCUGUGGAAACCUGGCUGAGAGGCGCUAUCGAGAAGGGUGUCGAACUUGCAAAAUCGGGGAACGUCACGCCUAUUCUGGGACCGAGGCGGGUGAGCGGGAUGCAUGGAGGGAGUAACGGACAGGGUGAUCUGAUAGAAUUGGAGAACACUGGAAGUGAUGAUGACGGGAGAGGGUGGCAUGACCCGAAUUUUGGGGGGACUCUGGGCAGUCCGGCUGUUGCUGGCCCAUCAGGGAGGAGUUUUGGAAAGGCAGCUGCACUGAGGGGGAGAGGAGGGAGUAAGAAGGCUGAUUAG